AUGAGGGCAAUAGAGAAGAGGAAGGCCGUGCGCCAGGAAAUUCAUCACGGGGACGCACACACAAACACGCAUGAUGCUCUGAGCUGCCGCAGCUGUUUUGGUUCGGCCAUCAUCAUCUUCGCCACCGUCAUGUUCUACGCAGAGAAGGGCUCCUCCGCCAGCAAGUUCACCAGCAUACCGGCGGCUUUCUGGUACACCAUCGUCACCAUGACAACGCUGGGAUAUGGAGACAUGGUUCCUAAGACCAUCAUGGGAAAGAUCUUCGGCUCUGUUUGUUCUUUGAGUGGCGUGUUGGUGAUCGCUCUUCCCGUUCCCGUCAUUGUGUCCAAUUUCAGUCGGAUAUACCAUCAGAGUCAGCGCGCAGAGAAGCGUCGUGCCCAAAAGAAAACCAGGCUUGCUAGAAUUGGUGCGACGAAGAGCGGUGGCGCUAAUGCUUAUUUGCAGUACAAACGCAAUGGGAUGCUGGCAGACGCAGAGGAGGAGGCAUCAAAAGAGGCUGGCCAAGCUUUGGUAUGUAAGGCCAACCCCACUUUUGAUACCCAUCAUCACCAUCUUCUGCACUGCUUGGAGAAAACCACGAAUCAUGAGUUUGUGGAUGAGCAAACUUACGAGACAAACUGUAUGGAGGUUUCCCUAACGAAGCCGUCCAUGUCCCAUUCCUCCUCGCUGUCCUCCUCUCCACACGGCCUGUCCUCCUGCUGCACGCGCAGAAACAAGCGCAAGAGCUUCAAUGUCCCCAAUUCCAACAUGGCCGGCGGCCGCAGGAACAGCAUACAGGAGCUCAGCACCAUCCACAUCAGAGAGAGACCAAUGAGCAACAGUCGCUCCAGUCUCAAUGCCAAGUUUGAAGAGACGGUGCCCCUGAAUUCAGAAGAGAAAUCCUACAUCACUGCCGCUGUCAUCAGCAUGCCCACCCCGCCCGUGACCACACCCGAGGGUGGAAAUUCAGCCAGCUCGCCUGACUUCUUGCAAAGCAACAUUGUCAGGGUGUCUGCGUUAUAGACCAUCCGCCGUGACCAUUAGCCAUUUUAUUUAGCGAGUGGACGCUGGAGCAGAACGGAUCGACGGAGCCUCUAGUGUAGUGGAGGAGGCACAGCAGCAGGAUGGGCCAUAGCUGGACUUUUCUUUUUUUUUUUAAAUCAGCUCCUGCCCAGAGCUCUCCGUCUCUGUGAGCUCCAUCAGCUCCAGCUCUAGGCCCAUACAUCAUGUGACUCAUGCUGGGGUCCAAUAAGCUUUCACUCAACCCAUAGAGGAAAACAGUGAACACUGUGUUUGUUACAGCUUCUAUAAUUUUUCAGUAUUGUGAGUCUUUGAAUCUGUUGUCUUCAGUUUGAUGGGAUCGGCAGAUAUUUGGGACGAAUAAGGAGUGUGCCAGCAGGGGCGGGAUUUUACAAGCUUUUACACAGCUGUACACACUUUUGAUACGACAAAGUAAAGCUGGGCUCUACUAGGGUGUGCUGUCGGAUGCUUUUGCGUGCGUGCGUGUGUGUGAUCGAGACCGAUCUCUUGCAUGUUUCGCAUAAGUCUUUGUCUUUUUUUCAAUUCGGCAUGAGCAAUAAGGAUUGGCUCUUUCUGUCAGAAUGUGUGCUUUUUACUUUUGCCUAGUUAUAUAGUAUUGAUCUUUCCAACCCAACGAGUGUGUAAAAACAGCUGUUUUGAGAGAUGAACCUGACGAUACAGGUGAUAGACAAAGAAAAUCUCGUCUCACACUUUCUCUGUCCCACCCAUGUUGUGUUCAUUCCUUGCC